CAUCGCCUCAUCGCCACCAACACCCUCACCUGCUGCAGCAAAAUAGGAAGAAUAUUAAAAGCUUAGGAAGGAGGAAGAGGGAAAGAGGGAAUCUGCUUUUAGUUCUAUUCCAUUCUAUUCGGGUGCUUGAAAAUUCAUCGCCGAAACCACCGUCCUAUCAAUACUCUGACUCGAACAACCCACUCUCUUCCCCCAUCCACCCCCCUAAGAAGAGCACAUAGAAUUUUCUCUUCUCCAACUCUCUGGGUAGCUGCGUUUGUAUCAUAUUUUGGACUUCUCAACCAAUCCUCUGACGCGGCAAAGGUCCCCCAAAAUUACCCAUCAUUCCAUUCAACCUUUUGUUGCGUAGAAGAAUACACCCCCAUCCCCUUCGAAGCGAAGCAAAAUGGCGUACAGUGACGAUACCGUCCUGUCUAAACUCAGCGCUCUAAAUGAGACUCAGGAGGGUAUAGUGACCGCAGCAAACUGGAUUUUAUUCCACAGACGCAUGGCCAAGAGAACCGCCGAGCUAUGGUUACAGAGGAUGAAGGAAUCCACAAGCCAUAAGAAGCUCAAUUUGAUCUAUCUUGCAAAUGAGGUGGUUCAACAAUCCAAGGCCAGAAAGAGACAAGACUUUCUCACAGCAUUCUCACCGAUCAUCGCGGAAGCGACUGAAGUGGCGUACAGGAAUUCUACCCCGGACAUCCAGAAUAAGAUUCGACGCGUGAUGGAGGUGUGGAGGCAACGCGUCAUUUUCGAGCCAGAUGUACAAAGUAGUAUCGAACAACGUCUCGAUGAUGUCGACAAAGGGAAGAGCAAUGCCAGCUCUGGCGCAACCGGUCGCAAACCACUCUUGGGAGGAGCCUUUGGAGGUUCUUUUGGAGGGGGCGGUGCCUCAAGCGCCCCAUUGGAAUUUACCCCUAUUCUCAACAGUCACAAAGGUCUCAUGUUAAAGAACUCCUCAGUCACAAUCGCAGUCAGUAGCGCCAACUCCGAAUACCAAAAGCAAUUCGACUCCGACACCCUCCCAGUAGCUCCGGUCUACGCUGCUCGUCUCUCUUCUCUUCUCAAGACCCUCGACUCUGCCCACAUCGCCGUCAAGGGUGCCAUUGAAGCGCGCGAGACCCACAUCCGCAACCUUGAGCGCCUACUCUCACAAAGCAAGACGGCUCUCGAGAACGACAAGAACACACUCAAGGACAUAGUCACCAAGCAUCAAAGGACCGAGACCACAAAACAAGAAGUUGAAAUGAUGAUUCUGAAGGGUAUGGACGAACCGCAGAAUAACCAAACCAACGGUGGUGGGGGAGGAUCGGCGGGGCCCUCAGCCGUACAUGAUGCUGCCUCACCAAAGUCUCCUGAGGUUGAAGCGCUUACCCCUCCUGGACAGCCGGCUUACGAUAAUCCGAUGUCGUCUGCUCAGGCAUCAGUCCUUCCUCCUCAAUUUCACCAGGGUGCUUCUGAAUUGCUUGCCAGUCUGGCUGCUCCGCUCGCUGGAGUCAAGAGGGAGAAUAGAGAUGAACCGGAGGUCUUCGAGGGAUUGGACGAUGAUGUUGCUGAUAUGUUCCGGAAUGAACAGAUGGGUAGUCCCGCUAAACGGUCUAAGAUCGAAGAGGACGAUGAAUACCACCCAUAAUAUAGCCAAACUCACUCCACCCCAAUUCAUACAGGAUGCGAGGAACGGUGGGUGACGGAGCUGAACCCUACUCAACACUCCACUUUAUAGUUCAUUUCAUUUUUCAUUUCACCUUUUCUCGCCUUCUUACUUUUAUCCUCUAUUCUCAAGACGAAAAACCUUCAUGCUUCAUUUCUUGUACCAUUCCCAUGAAACUACGAUAUUAUGCUUUUUCCCCUUAUUUAUUUACUCAUAGAUGCCUGCGGUUGCCACACGUUCGCAGUCAGAACUCCGGCGGAUUUGAUUUGCUAUCCUGCUAAGUCUUAAGAAAAUUUUAUAUUUUCGAGUGA